AUGCCCUCCAAGCUCAAGCUAGCCGUUUCCCAAUCCAGGACUCUGGAUACUCUACAACAAACCCUCGAUGCAUUGGCUGCAACAACCCGCAAAGCAGCUUCGCAAUCCGUCGACCUGAUCCUCUUCCCUGAGGCCUACCUCGGCGGCUACCCACGCACCUGCGACUUUGGCGCCUCGGUUGGAGCUCGUGCUCCUCACGGCCGCAGUCAAUUCCUCGAAUACUUCCACGCUGCUGUCGAUCUAGGCGAUACACCCCUCGGUGCCGGCGAUGACUGGGUGAACCGCAAACUUCCUGUCGCACAAGGUCGCGAGUAUCGUGGCGAUGGCACUAGAGAGUUUCUCGAACGCCUUGCUCGCGAGACGGGCGUGUUUAUCGUUACUGGCCUUGUGGAGCGCAGUGGAGGAAGUCUCUAUUGCGGUGCUGUAUACAUCUGUCCUCGCCAAGGCUGCAUCGGCAAGCGCAGAAAAGUCAUGCCUACAGGCUCAGAACGCCUAGUCUGGGCACAAGGUCAACCCUCCUCCCUCCGCGCCGUCACCACCGAAAUCAAAGGUGUGAAAUUGUGUCUCGCGGCCGCGAUUUGCUGGGAAAACUACAUGCCUCUACUGCGCUACUCGCUGUACUCGCAAAACGUGAAUUUGUACUUGGCGCCUACGGCUGAUGCGAGGGAUACUUGGGAGCCUUUGAUGAGGACGGUUGCGGCGGAGAGCAGAGCGUUUGUGCUUUCUGCUAAUCAGUGUGUGCGGAAGAGUCAUUUGCCUGCCUGGAUUUCUGCGGGCAAUGAACUCGUUUUGCCUGACCCCUCUGGACCCACCUCUUCCUCCUCUGCCAUUGCUGAAGAAGACGAAUUCGUUUGCAGAGGAGGAUCCUGUAUCAUUGGCCCAUUAGGAGAAGUCCUCGCACCCAGCAUGUGGGAAGUAGAAGAUGGGUUUUCCUGCAUAGAAGCAGAUUUCGAAGACUGUGAGAGGGGACGAUUGGAUAUGGAUGUUGCGGGAAGUUAUUCGAGGAAUGAUGCGUUCCAUUUAAGCGUUGAUGGGUUGGAUCUGGAUCCACCGCCUUUUUGA